UGUUUUUGGAGUUAGAAAGCCUUUUGGCAUAUGGUUUUAAAAGAACUUUUCUUGGAGUGCCGUGCAUUUAGAAAUGGCCGUUGGAUUUCGAAGGAAGGAGCAGCUGAAGCGCCCAAGCUCGAAGCUUUCCUCUUCCAUGGUUUCUCCUCCUUCCUCUUGCUCGAAGUCCCUCACUUUCUCUCGGCUCAGUAUUUACAUAAGUAGAAGCAGGACCCUUCCCUGUGCGCUGUUAGUACUGGUCGUCUUCUUUGUCUACGUCGCGUGGAAGCUCGCCUCUUCUCAGGGAUCUAUCCAUCGAUUUUACUCUUUUGAUAUCGUGAACGAGUUUCCCCACGAUCCACAAGCAUUCACUCAGGGCCUCUUAUACGACGGAAAUGAUAAAUUACUUGAGUCAACUGGUAUUUAUGGGAGGUCAACAGUAAGAAAGGUUGAUCUCCACUCUGGAAAGGUAGAACUUUCUUUCAACAUGGGCAAAUCUUUUUUUGGAGAAGGCCUCACCCUUUUUGGUGGCAGGUUGCUCCAAGUGACCUGGUUAACAAAAAAUGGAUUCAUAUAUGAUCGAUAUAAUUUAAGCAAGAUUGGUAGAUUUUCUCAUUCCAUGAAGGAUGGCUGGGGACUUGCAACGGAUGGGAAAGUCAUAUUUGGUAGUGAUGGCAGCUCAACACUUUAUCAACUUAACCCUGUUACUUGGAAAGCUAUAAAAAAGACAACUGUUAAAUUUUAUGAGCAUGAAAUUUCUCUCCUAAAUGAAUUGGAAUAUGUGAAUGGUGAAGUAUUGGCAAAUGUCUGGCAGACAGACUGCAUUGCUAGAAUUUCACCUGACAACGGCUCCGUGCUUGGUUGGAUUCUUCUCCAUGAAUUGAGGAGAAACUUAUUAAAAUCGGGGCACAUGGGCGUUGAUGUUCUCAAUGGAAUUGCUUGGGAUGAGGAAAAUAAGCGUCUUUUUGUGACAGGGAAGUUGUGGCCAAAGCUCUAUGAGAUCCGGCUGCGCCCUGUAACUCCCCCAUUUGAUGGUAAUAUAGAGAAAAUUUGUCCGAUUAAGGGCUUCAAAUGAGAAGAUUUAAGCCAUUAGGAAAAUCUUCUUUAAAUUAAAUGGAUGAUAGAAGAGAAAUUUUAUAUAGAAGAUGAAGAGCAACCAAUGAAUGGUAUCAAUGAAAAUAUGUGUUGAAGUGUUUCUUAUUUGAAUUGUUUUGAUUUCAGAUGUAUAAUAUAAAUGAAUUAUAGUCUAAACUAGAAUGAAUAAUGUUGCAUGAUUUAGUGCCUUUUUGAAAUUUUGUACAACAUGAUUGUUU